UCAAACGACACCGUGCUUUCUCUCGGCGAUAAAUGCAGAGAGAGCGCCGAGGAGGUGAGUGACACGGGGCUCUCGCUUUCCUGCCCUCCUCCGCCGUCCGGUUCGGCGCGGCGAGAGGAGCGACCAGAAACGGGCUUCGCCGGCGCUCCUCCGAGCCGCGUUGCCGGCCACAGUGCCAAGCGUCGCCCGCCGGAGCGGUACCCCACCCGAUUGACGGGAGACCACCCUUCUGACGUAAGCACUCUGGCCGGUCUGCGUCUCGCCAGGACGACGUCUCGGGAAGCCCGCGCACAACUGGCGCGCCAGUCGGCGGCGGAGGCUGCACUGCGCCGUUCAAGUCGGUCGCCCUCCCAGAGCUCCGCUGCUUCCACAGAUUGGCACACGCAGGGUGCCCCCCCGGCAGCCAUGACGACCGGGCUCCUGGAGAAGAAAGGUCCCAGCUCGGCGGCCGGCCAGCAGCAGCAGCCCCAGAGCGGCGGCCAGCCGCCCUCGAAUCCUUACCAGGACACCUUCCGCAGCUGGGUAGUGGGCGUGGCGUGUGCCUGGAACUUUUUCUGGCUCACGUUGGUGAACCGCUCUAGUGGCAUCCUGUUCGUCGCCAUCUUGGAUGUGUUCAACGUGAGCCGUCAGGAGGCCGCGUGGUCCUUCAGCCUCAUGGACACGAUGGCCAGCUUUACUAUCAUCGUGUGCAGCGUGGUGUACAAGGUGGUGGACACGCGAGAGCUGUCCAUCAUCGGAUCGCUCACGGUGUCCGGCGCCUGCAUGCUCUGCUUCCUGGUCUUUCGGGUCCAGGUAAUUACAGUCGUUCUGGGAACCAUCAUAGGCAUUGGGCAAGGCAUGAUGUACUUCUGCAACACGAUCGUGAUCAACCAGUACUUCAAGCAACACCGGGCGUCGGGCAACGGCAUCUACUUCGCCGGCGGCACGCUCAGCUCCUUCUUCUUCCCCCCGAUGCUGUUCAGCAUCAUCAACACGUACGGGCUGCGCACCACGCUACUCUUUCUGGGCGCUAUUUCGCUGAACGCCGUCCCGGCUUCCAUGCUGCUCGAGUCGCCGUUCAGCCGCAUGCGCCGUAUCGACCGCCACAAGAAGUUGCGGCUCGUCGCCGUCGACAAUGAGUGCACGCCCGAGAAGAUAAAGCUGCCCGUGGAGCGCUCUGCGGGCAGCAGCAAUGUCGAGGAGAAGCUCGAGCGCUGGUUCCGCAGUCAGCUGGCCGUAUUCUCGUUCCUGCGGAGGCCCAUCUUCUACGUCAUAGUGUUCACGGGCAUCACCUUCUCCUUCUCGUUCGUGGUGUUUCCGGUGACCAUCGUGGACUUCGCCAUCAGCCGCGGCGUGACCAGGAACCGCGCCGCGCUGCUGCUGACUAGCUUCUCGACGGGCGACCUGGUUGGCCGCCUGUUCAGCGGCGUGCUCACCGACCGCAAGCUGCUGCGCAAGGACCACAUGAUGGUGCUCACGUACGCCGUUUGGAGCGCCGCCUUCUUCGCGCUGCCCGUGUGCCGCGCCUACGAGCUCACUUUCGCCGUCACCGUGGCGCUAGGCGUGGCCGUCGGCAGCGGAGGGAUCUUCAACACGGUGCUGUUGGCAGACUACCUGGGCGUGCGGGUCAUGCCGACCACGUUCGCCAUGUACCGCAUGGUUCUGGGCAUCAUUUCCCUUAUCCGGCCUUUCUUCAUCGGCUACUUCCGAGACCGGAUAGGCACCUACGAUGGUCUGUAUUUCCUGUUGGGAGCCUACAGCUUUCUCAUCACCCUCAUCUGGAUCGUCAUAUCCAUUGUGCAGUACAGCAGAAGCACCAAAAAGUACAACCUCAAGUGAAGCUGCCCAAGCCGUACCCACAUCGUUCGGAAGCGCCCACCACCACCAACUGCCAUCAUCAUCAUCAUAUUCAUCAUCAUGUCACUGCAUAACUACCCACCAUUUUGUGCAUACUUCUCAUUGCAUACAAAGAAACAUUACAACUUGUGAAAGCCAUUCACGUUGUCCUCGUCUCUGAUAAGUAUGACAAGUGGUUCUGUCAUCAGGCUCAAACAGAUGACAUCGAUCUGCUAGCUCAGUCUGCAAGCAAACAAUUUGAGAUACGCCAAACAAAAUCACUAAAUCAGUAAAGACUGAAAAUUGUUUACACUUCUUACUGAAAAAAUGUUGACUGUUAAGGAAGAAAAUUAACGUCAAAUUCUCACAUCUUGAAUUUUGCGCAAAACACGUAGCCAAUGACGGUAGUAUUUCUAUUUAUUUAUUUUUUCUGCUCUUUCUGGCUCAUUAAACUUCCACACAAGGUAAGACUGCUACUAGCAAGUAAAAUAUCGCGAUCCAUCAAUGUAGCUUUUGACUGACGUCAAGACCCGUCGUGGUGUCUUAACGGCUAUGGCGUUUCGCUGCUGAGCACGAGGACACGGGAUCAAAUGCCAGCCGCGGCGGCUGCAUUUCAAGGAAGGCGAAAUAAAAAAAACGACCGACGAUUACGACACUCCCUGAUGCGAAAUUUAAGCGCAGCUUUAUACUUGUUUUCAUUCCGACAUGUACUGAGGCAAAAAAUUUGAGACCGAAAUCACCGCACUCUCUGGCAGUAGGCUAGUGCCACCAGCGCCUUCGCAGAGGGAGAGGCAGUUUGGCAACGCUAGCAUGAUGAGUGGCAUCGGAGGCAGCUGUGGAAGAAGACGACGAAGAAGCGAGCAGUGCACGAACUUGAGGGGCAGUAUGGGAACGCUGGCAUGGUGAGUGGCAUCGGAGCCAGCUGUAGAAGUGGCGUGCGUCUACAUGUAGUACAAAAAUCCCUCACGUGACCUGAUCCUAGGUGCCUAGGACAAGGGACAGGAUCAUUUAAGGACUUUUGAGAAGGCGCAAUGGUGGCGCCAAGUGAUGCCGUGGCGCGUUGAAUCUCCGGCCGAUGCCAAUCGCUCUCCGCAGUGGGUUCAGCGGUUCAGUAUUUCUUGGCGAAAAGUCGUGCAGUAGUAGUGGUGUGGCAUAUCGGCUUUUGAUCUCAGUGCACUACUGCGGCCGAGAAGUCCAGUCUUAGUUUAGGUUAGGAUAAGACGAGAUUCGGACUUAAGUCUAUAGUUAGAGGCUCACGUUUGUGCAACUCAGUGGUGCUGACGAUCGAAAUAUUCAAGUGGCGUAGCGCCUCGGCAAUGCAAUUUGCGAACCGGCACUGUGCAGCUGCGUCGCCGUGUUCGCCCUUUUCAGCAGCGUCAUCACAUCGCACAUGCACCUUUACUUGACGGCUGUCGUAGGCGUAGGUAUUGUACGUGUUCUUCGCCACGACUUAAGUUACGUAAGUAAUAUAACGUUUAAGGUGGUGUUUGCUCACAACUGUUCACGCGUCCUUGAAAUGGGGCAGCGCAUGUUUUCAAUCGUGUUGAGCGCAAGUGCGCUAUCCGUGACUUCAUGUGAUUUACUUUUAUCGUUGCCUUUACGACAAUUAUCGCGUAGUGCUGUGAACAAACCGGAGCUUUAGUGACAUCACAUGGUCGGCCAAAAUUACACGAACUAAAAUGCAGAGUAGAUGUUUAAUAUUAUUGGUACUAAGGGCGCGAUAAACACAGUGAGGUGGAGCUUGAUACUGUGCCCUGUGAUGUUCAGGUGCAUCUCUGCCCGUUUUUCGCGCUCAUAUAGAUUUAGCAAUGGGACGCAAUGUUCUGUUCAAUGAUGGGACGAAUAAAUGUGUAUAUGCGUCUGCAGUAACUUCACCGCAACAGAUUUGUGUAAUGCGAUAAAGCAAAGUGUAUUGCUGUGACAGGAUGUAUGGUAGCCCUAGUUCCAGCUUUGAUGUCCCCGUUACCCUGAAGAUGCUUCCCCGUCCGCUUUACUAUACUCUCAGGUGCUCCUGAACUCUCUAUUUGCCGGUAUUUUUAUUUUCACGUGCUGAAUGGUCCCACCGCAAUACAUAUAUGUAGUGAGGUGAAGCUUAUUAAAGUUACCAAAUGCUUUGACAGUGUCACACCUAACAGUUUUAGAAUGACAUGGCCAAUACAACAGCCCAGACCUUCACUUCAACAAUUUUAUUAGGACUGUCAAACUAACCUUACGGCACAGAAAAACAAUGUAAACACCUCAAGAGUUGAUUAGCAAGUAAUACUGGAAAGCACAAGUCUAGUAGUGGCCAAGGGUGUGGUAAAGUGCUUUAAACACUCAACCGACACACCCUAAGUGCUUAAAAAUUUCUAGCAUAUUAAUGCAGGUUGAUCAGACUUACUGCGAUAUUGGCUGCUUUACAAUGAAAAUAAUAGUAUUGGAUAAGAUGAUGCAAGCGACUCGUGUGCUGCUUGGUUACGCAAACCACAUAGGUCCCAGAAAUACCCAAACAGGGUUCUUGUUUACGCAUGCUGCUUGCAUCCACUAAUAUAAAGCUCCCUAAUGUUGCAGUAUAACGAGAGGCUGUAAAAAUAGGGCUUUGAACUAUACUAUUCCAAUUUUGUUUCUUCCAUACUCAUACAACCUAAACACUGCGCUGUCGUGACAGCAUCUGCCUAGCUCAUUGACACAUCUUGCGAGAAAAGCAGUGAUCACUCAGGUAGAGUUGCCUGUCCUAAUAUUCUUCCAAGAAUUCUUUAAACAGUUCAUUUUUUAUGCACGAAGCAUGUCAUGCCCAACUAGAAAAUUAACCAAGCAAUAAGCUACUAGAAGUAGCUAAACAAUCGGCAGUCUUCUGAAGUCAGCUUGAUUUGCAGCUCCUAAAAUUGGCUAUUAUUGAAUUAGGGCAAGGAAAGAACAGCUUGAAUAAAUAUAUGUCUCAUCAGAAAGUUGUGGUGGUGUGCUGCAGGCUAAGGCAGUGAAAGGAAGCCGUUUUGGCAUUGGUCUACCUCUGUCCCAAAACCAGGCGCCGUAGCCGAGGCGACUUUACUUGGCUUUUACAUCUUCAAAUUCGCGUUUCCGAGCACGGAAUACUCAGUCGAGGUGAGCUGAAUGCACAUCGCCCACAUUGGGGAUGCAAAGACGUACGGCCAAGAGGAUGCCACCUUGACGAAGCAGACACCACAGACCUCAAAUUAACAAAUGACACCAACUAUCCCAACUGCCACACCCGCCAUUAAAACCAGAGUGGCAGUACACAUACCUAACAUGGGAAACUGGGGCCUUCAUCCAGAGUGUCAGUGCGACUCUGUCCCAAGCGGCAGCGAGAAUUAUCCAAUAUAAUACUUGAUGUAGGGGUGAAAAUGUGCCACAUUAACAAAAUCAGGGUUUCAGGCUGAGACCAUUUCCGUUAUGCACUUGAGUCUGCAGAACGUGAAGGUGUUGAAGAAUCGCUAGCAACACGCAUCCUUUACACACUGCAAAGAGCUGCAUGCGAACUAGAACUUACUGGGGAAACAUCCAGCCCUGACAAGCAUCUCCUGCAACUUUGGGGUAAGCAAGCCAAGCUGCAUACUGCAUACUUAAAUUGUGGCUGCACGCAACAAACCCUGAUCAAUCUUCUGCACAAGACUAAGCGGGCAAGAUGUCAUGCUAAGAAACUUGCCAGAGACCAGUGGAUGGACCACUGCGCGUUAUUUGAACGUAUAGGUAUAGGUAAGUUGUGACACACUCUCGGCUAUAACAGUAUGAGCCGAAUACUGUAAUACUAUUGAAAACACGCUGCUCGAUCUUCAGUGCACAUCUGAGAAACUUGAGGAAUAAGUUGCAGAUGCAUUCCCCGACCACCUCACAGUGACUGACCGUCACCUGAGUUGUAUGCACCUCAAUGACCACGUGCCAAGGAAGGAAUGGAAAGCAUUACAAUGGCAGAACCUGUUGUUGCUCUCGAGCAUGUCGACACUUAAAGCGCACGUGGCAAAGAUGGAGUCAUUUUGCAGAUGUUGAGGAAUCUUGACGAAACGAGGAAGCAAGCACUAUUGCUUGGAAUCAAUGAAAUCUGGAAUAUUGGGAUACCCCACAGAGUGGAAAGACUUGGUCAUGAUGCCACUACCGAAACCAGGCGAGAAACCUGACACCAUAGUGAACCUUUGAUCACUCUCACUCACAUUGACAGUGUGCAAAUUGACUGAAGGAAUGUGCCUCGUGAGGCUGAACCACCAUCUGGGAAACACAAGACUAUUUCCACCUGUACCAGAUUGGUUUCUGGCCUAAGGUUGAAAUGUGUGACAAUAGCCUCUUUCUCCAUCAAAGCAUCGCCAAUACCAGCCGCUUCGGAGGAAAGAUAUAUGGGUUUUUAGUCACAGUAGAACCAAGAAGGAUGCUGAGCACAGUCUGCAACGAGGAGGUACUGGUGGCCUUUCGUGAAGCCUGCCCAGGCCUUAGGGUGACCAGUAUUGCCAAAGCCUCUUAUGCAACCAAGUGUUUGAAAUAUGAAGUUACAGUGAACAGCCAAAGACUCUUACCAGCUGCACAGGUGUAAAUGCAGGUAAAACCCGGACUAGCACACUUAGUUGCAAUAGUGAUUCGCUAAUGAGCUAAGAAGGUGACUUAACAGUUGGCGAUAAGGUAUACCGAAUGCAGGUAUGUGCAGUAUGUAUAUAUACGGUUAGGCCGAAACAGAUGCAUUUUCUCUAAAGCAAUAUCAAAAGCUCUGUUUUUUUUUUUUUUUUUUUUUUUCAAGAUGCCACUCGUGCUUUAGGUAAGUGUGCACGGGGUUAUCUAAAGCUGCAUAGGCAAAAUGACAACUAGAUACAGCUGUUAAGCGUAAUAUUUUUUCUGUGCUAAAUUCUUGCUCCUUGAACUCAUUCGAGAUGAUUAACUGUAGCAUCAAAGUAGUGGACCACUACCAGAACAAAGGCAUGUAGUGUGCCCAUCUCAAUUCUUGUGCAUAUGCCAGUCUUCUUUUUUUACAGCAAUAGCUGCUAUGGGCUAACUCCCCUGGUUGUUCUAAUGACUACUGGUGUUGUCACUGGAAUUCUCAAAUUUCUUGCUAGAAUAUUGCAAAUAAAGUUCUCAUUGUGCUGCGAGGAUUCAAACAUACGAUAAAAAGAUUGGCAGUCCGCAAUUCUAUAUUUCAGCCACUCUGCUGAAAGUACAGCCGUGGUAAAUACUGAUCCUGGAGAGCGCAAUCAAGCCAACAGGUGCCAUGAUUAGCUAACACCUGCUCAAUGUCUGCAUACUGUAUAUAGAGCUGGCGUCCCCGCCUUCAUGUUCUUACUCAUCACUUUCCCACUUGUGAAGGCAGUCCUAUGUUAAAUUUUCUUAUUACAUGUAAUGACAGUGAUUGGGUGCAUCAGCUUCAUUAAUCUUCUUCUAGUGCUUGGCUUCUCAGAUUUACUGUAUGGGGCUGUUGUGUCGUGUUUUCCUCAAGCACAACGCGAGACCUAGCAAUGGGUAGGCCAAAUAUAGAUUUGAGAAAACCGAAACGAAUUCAGCAGUAAGAAGCUAAAGGGUUGUUUUGGUGGAAACCAGUGGCCAAGUCCGGAUAUGAAAGAAGAGAAAGAAAAGUCGAGUCUUUCCACUUCAACACUGGGAGGCACAACUCCCACAAAUAAAUAUGACUCGUACUUAUUUUAUUUCUUUAAAGGAGCUUACUGACUUGCAUUGACAAGUGUUCACUUCAACAAACACUGCAUGAAGCAAGCUUCCUGUGCAUAUUUCACCAGCUACUGCAUCAUUGUUUCGCAUUAUGAGUGAAACUGCAAUUUUCUUUUGCCACAAUUUGCCUAAUUUUGUGUUUUGCAGAAGGGUGUUAGCAGUGCUAUUAAGGCACUUAACUACUCGAGGAUAGUAGUAGAGAAAAAAGGUAAGAAAGCAGUGGCUUGUCGUACGUAGACUAUGCAUACACCUGGUGCUCUUAUGGUCACUUUUCCUUAUCUGUAAACCAUUCUAAACAAGAAAAGCUUAUACACAAUUACUGUGCAAAGUCAGACCAAAACUAAACCAGAGGUAUCCUUGGUAAGCAAGGUAUAUUUAUUUGGUGACUUUUUGCGGCCCUGCUAUUGAGCUUUCUUUCCUGUUAUGUUGUGCAGGUUCAUAAAGAAGUGACGAGACAGAUUGACAAUUUUAAUCAUUGAAAGACUUAGCGAAAUCUUUCUUGGGUUGUUUUUUCUUGGUUUCAGACUGUACAUUGCACUUUCAGGAAUGUUUUCCUUGUUUUUGCUUUUGUUUCAAUUAGUUUAUGGGGAGGGCAUGUAAACAUCUUUUACACCAUGUCAAGUAUGUGGUGCCAUAGUGUUCUUGGAUGGAGUCUUGCCCUUUCAUUCUGUACACUAUAAUGUCUUUUUUUCUGUGUCCAAGGCCAUUUUACAUUUCAGUACGAGUGUAGCAUUUUGCUAAGUUUUACCUCUGUCACCCAAGCUUGAAAGCUUGCUGCCCACUGCUGGUGGCAUACUUGCAAAUUACAUUUUUUUUCAAUAAAAGGAAGAUUGUCACUUAUCCUGUGCA